AUGAGGAAAUACUCAGAAGAUGUUCCAUCUCUUUUCAAGUGGUUCAGAGUCAUGCACGGAUUCUCCUUGAUAAACUUGUGUCAGGUUAGGUGAUUCAUUUUUUGGCAGCUCCGUUUCUGUACCAUAAACAAGGUCACUUGCAGUCUUGUCAUGUGGGACGACCUUACAAGAGCCCGUCUUUUGGCAAUGGAGCAAUGCCAGCAGCAGCAGCAGCAGCAGCAGCAGCAGAAGCAGCAGAGCAAUGGGCAGCAGCUACAGAGACUGGAGGGCAUCGAGGAAGAAGGCGACCCGGCCGAGAAGUGGCCGCCGACGACUGUCCGGCCGCCGGAGACGCCGACGGAGACGAUGGAGUUCCUCGCGAGGUCGUGGAGCCUGUCGGCCGCGGAGAUCUCCAAGGCCCUCAAGGUCCUCAGCGGCAAGUGCGUCUCCGACGGCGUCCCCGACGCCGGUGACAGGAAGGAGCAGAGGUCGCCGGUGCAAGUGGACGGCCGCCGUCAUGAGCAGACGAGCAAGGAGAACGUGCCGCGCCGUGGUGCGUCGUGGCAGAGAACAGAUGCGCCGUCGUCGAUGGCGGCGCAGGGAGGAGAGGCGGGCGGCGCGAUGAGCCCGCCCAUCUCUCCCAGGGCCAACCUGGACGUGAAGCUUCUCCGGGCGUCGGCGGCGGCGACGACGGGGAGAGGAGGGGGCAAGACGACGAUGGGCACGUGGAUCAAGGAGCAGAAGGAGAGGAAGCGCGCCGAGGCGCGGUCACGCAACGCGCAGGCGUACGCGGCGACGUCCGUGGCCGGCGUCGCGGCGGCGGUGGCCGCGCUCGUCGCCGGCGCGGUGUUCUCUCCGCCUCCGGAACGCCCCAAGAGCGGCGGCGCCGCACCUCCCCCCGCCGCCGCCCCGGGCGCGAAGACGGCGGCGGCCAUCGCGUCGGCGGCGGCGCUGGUGGCGUCGCACUGCGUGGAGAUGGCGCAGGCGAUCGGCGCCAGCCACGAUCAGAUCCUCGCCGCCAUCCAGUCCGCCGUGAACGCGCAGACCAGCGGCGACAUCAUGGCGCUCACCGCCGGCGCCGCCACAGCCCUGCGCGGCGCGGCAAUGCUGAGGGCGAGGCUCCACAAGGAGAUCCACGCUGCCGCUCUCCCCGCCGGCGGCGGCGGCGACACCACCACCAGAGAGCCCGAGAGAGACACGUCGCCCUUCGUCUUCGUGUCCAGAGGCGGAGAGCUUCUCAAGCGCACAAGACAAGGCAUACUCCACUGGAAGCUGGUCACCGUCUACAUGAACUCCAGCCUGCAGGUGAUCAUCAAGAUGAGGAGCGCCCACAUGGCCGGCACCUUCAUCAAGACCAAGAAAUUCGUGGUGCUCGACGUCUGCUCGGAGAUCCCGGCGUGGGCGGGGCGGGAGAUCGAGGACGGGAGCCACCGGAGAGGCUACUUCGGGAUCAAGACGGUGGAGAGGGUGAUCGAGUUCGAGUGCAGGAGCAAGUACGAGCAGCACAAGUGGGUUCUGGGCAUCACGGAGAUGCUCAACCGCCGUGACAGCAUCAAAAAUUGAUGCCCGUGUAAAUGCUUUCAAGAAAGAAAUUUUAAAGAACUUGUCUGAUCUGAUUUGUGUGGGAGGAUUCGUAGUGAAGAUUCCAGGUUCUCUGUUAACUAAGAAUUGGUAUUGCAACUCGUUAGAACUAAGCACCCUCUUGCAUAUAAGAAUCUUUCACUAAUAUGUCAAACCAGACAAGCAGGGAAAUUCCCAUCUCAAUCGAUGACCA